GUAAGUAGCAUUAUGUGGUGUACGGUAACAUGUACAGUGUAGUCAGAAGCAUUUGCUUAGAUACAUAAUUAUUUAUUUUAGUGAAUUAUAUUCUAGCGGAACUCAGUGACGCAUCGCAUCACAUUCGUGCAGGAAAAUAUAAUUUAUUCGAACAAUUUUGUGUUGGAUUUCCGAAGUAACUGUUAAUCGAGAUUGAAUAUAAAUAAAAAAUAUAUAACAAGAUGAAUCCGAUUGUGGUACAGACAGCUGUAGCUCUUUUACUUUCAGUGCCAACCUUCAUGUUAGCAAUUGGAAACACGUGGACGUCCUACACACUACCCAUUCUGGAAAGCGAAGACUCUCCAAUAGGAUAUCCAAUCACGAAGAGUGAUAGCAAUCUGGUAUCUUCAGUGAUUAUGCUGGGUUCCCUAACGUCUAUAGUAAUUGUUGGAUACAUAAGCGACAGGAUUGGUCGAAAGAAAACAGAAAUAUUAAGUGGACUAUGUUUUGUGCUCGCCUGGUCAACAAUAGCAACUGCAAAGAAUGUGACGCAACUUGUAAUCGGUCGGUUCAUUAUAGGAUUAGGAACGGGGUUACAUUUUGUCACCGGCGUGGUUUACAUUGGUGAAAUCAGUCAAGCAUCCAUCAGAGGGGCUCUUCUCACCAUAAUGUCCUUCAUGUACAACUUAGGUACCCUCGCUUCUUAUACAGAAGGCUGGUUCUGCAGUUAUGAAGUCAUCAAUUACUUGAAUUUAACUACAGCUGUUACAUUUAUACUACUGGCGAUGUGCCUUAAAGAAACACCCGUUUACUUGUUAAGAAUAGGAAAAGAAAAGGAGGCAAUAAAAUCUCUCAAAUUUUACCGAGGCGCAUCCAAGGUUACUCAAGAAAUUUUAGACGAAAUAGUUUAUCUGAAAAGCCAACUAAUUAAUGAAAAUAUCAAUGAAAUCGAGAUGAAAAUCCCUCAAUUACAACAUGAAAAAGAAAUGUUAAAUGAAGAAAAUAAUCUUAAGACUGGUGGCAUUAUUAAAUCAAACAGCGCUUGGACAACAUUGCGAACAUCAACCUCAGCAAGACGCGCCUUAAUAGUUCUAUUAGUUCAAAUAAACUUGUGCGUGUUUAUGGGUAUGAUCGCCGUGCAGGCGUUUGCCGGCCAAUUCUUCCAGCAAGCAGCGCCAAGCUUCUCGCCACAUCUCUGCUCCGUGAUACUGGCCAUAAUCGUCACAAUUACUAGUGGAGUCGCCGUAUUUAUAGUUGAAAUAAUACCUAGACGGGUUCUAAUGAUAAGUACAUGUUUCCUAUCGGGCUGCUGCAUGGCGUGCCUGGCCAGCAUGCAGCACUUCACUUGGGCCCCGGAGUGGGGCAUUCCACUAGUGAUGAUACUCUACUGCGUAGUCUUCCAGCUCGGGUCUGGGAGCAUACCGUUUAUACAAAUCGCUGAAUGUUUACCACCGCAGCUGAACAGUUUCGGGACAAGCGUCGUGAUGUGCUCAUUGUUUAUUGCGAAUUUCAUACUUCUAUUUAUAUUCAAACCUGCCGUGGACACCCUCGGAUUAUCUGGAGUUUUCCUAGCAUUCGCAUGUGUAAAUUUCCUGACUGCAUUUGUAUGCUAUUUGAUAAUGAGAGAAACAAGAAGAGUGCCCUUCGAAACGGUACAAAGUACUUUUGAGCGAGGUUAUUUGUACAGGCGGCAAAAAAGUUAUUAAAAUAAAUGAAAUUC